UCGCAGGGAGAAAGCGGAUCCUAGCCGCCGCGACUCGUGUUUCCGCCCGGCAGCUAGAGCCGCGGGCCUGCUUCCGGAAGGCCUCUCAGCGUGUGUGCCGCUCCGCCGGUAUGGGGAAGGUUCGGAGGCUGCGGGCCCGAGUGCACCAGGCGGCCGUGAGGCCCACCGGAGAGUCAGCGUUCGGCCUCGCGAACCCCGCCCUGCCGGCGGCCUCUCCGCAGGCUGCAGUCGGCUCUGUUGGGGGGAAGGAUUGGAAUUUUGUUGGCACCGACAUCUUUGCCGGGACCAAGAUAGACCCUGGCGCCUUGGUUCAGAGGCUGGAGCUGGAUGAGAGGAGCCUGGCAUCCAUCCGGAGAGGUACAGAGACAAAAACCAUCCUGCCCAAGAAGGAAAAACUGAAACUGCGGCGGGAGCGGUGGUUGCAGAAAAUUGAGGCCAUAAAGCUGGCAGAGCAGAAGCGUCGGGAGGAGCGAAAGCGGCGUGCCACAGUGGUAGUGGGUGACCUACAGCCCCUGAAGGAUGCACUACCUGAGCUGCAUGAGUUGGAGGCCAAUGACCAGCGGCCCCCCAGGCGCAAGGUGAGCAGCAAGCCCCGGCCCGCGGAGCUCAGCCGGAUGAGCGCUGCCCAGAGACGCCAGCUCCUGGAGGAAGAAAGGACUCGGUUCCAGCAGCUCCUGGCCAGUGCGGCCUACAAAGCCAGCCCCCUGUUGGUUAUUGGGCAGCAGCUGGCCAAGCAGAUGCAGCUGGAAGGCAAUGACCAGCUCUGAGCCCUGUGGACCUCACACUAGUAGAUGCAUCUGGAGAGGGGACUGGCCGAGGACACCCCUCCCCAGUCUUGUUGACUCCUUGGGGCAAGUGAGGAGCAGAGUAUUGGGAAUAGUGAAAUGCUUUGCACCCUCUUCUGCACCCAGGGCCUGUCCUUUGGUUCAUCCCAGGACAGUGACGCAGUGGGCUUGGGGGGAACUGGCCAUCUGCUCAACAACCUUCAGAGACACAGCACAGUUUCUUUACUUGACCAGGUGGAGGCAUCUAUGUCGUCACGAAAGGUGUAAUCCUGAAUGCUCUAUGGGUGCCAUUGUUUACUCCCAGCUGCCCUUUCUGUGACACCAAGGCCCAGUUCUGAAGCACACUGCCUUCCCCUGCCUGCCAUCCUCCCCAUAGGCCUGCACUCUCCCUCCGAGGCUGGGGCCCCUCCCAUACUCCCUCCACCACUCAGGGCCUACCACUCACCACCUGUGUGCUCUCCUGGUGGCGAACAGCAGAGCAGUCCCCUGGACUGAGCAGACUCCGCCCAGGCAUGGCUUGGCCCUGGCCUCAGCUGCUCUGUGAGCAGGUCACCUCGUGUGGGUUGGUUGUCUGCCUGUGAGAACAUUUGCUGUUGAAUCCUCAUGUUCAGGAUGUGGGAAGUUUGGGGUGCUCCUCAGGUGUCCCCUAGUGCAAUGUAGGGACUUGCCCAUGAACUGAGGGCAGGCAGGGUAGGAGUGGGAGAUGUCAGCCUGAGGACCAGCAGUUUGUGUCUCCUGCCCCCAAAUGGUGCCCUGGGCUUCCUACCCUGGAUAAGUACAGACGAGGUGUCCUCAGGCACAGCGUGGACACUCUGAAAGGCAGGGGGCAAAUUAGGAAAAAAGGAGGACAGAGCACAGUAACAGGUCCUGGAUGCCCUCAGCUAGCUCAGCUGUCCCCAGAGCACCAGCCACCACCAGGCCACAUCUGCUGCAGGCACACAGUCCAGGUGCUCCUGGCUCAUGAGAAGCACUGCAGAGGUAGUUGUGGUAUCGGUGUCCACAGUAAAGCAAGUGUUGGGACAGCCUGUGGGGACACAGACAGUGCAGCGGGGCAGCCAGCAGGCAGGCCUUCACUCUCCGCUUCACACUUUUCUGUACAGUCUCUGGAGUUUUUAUAGUCAUUUUGUAUUUAUUAAAUGUUAUUUUAAGAGAAAACCUA